GUUAUUCAGCUUCUGAAAGCUGGGAAAGCAAAGGAAGUUUCUUACAAUGCACUGGCUUCACAUAUAAUUUCAGAAGAUGGGGACAAUCCAGAAGUUGGAGAAUCUCGUGAAGUUUUUGAUCUCCCUGUGGUAAAGCCUUCAUGGGUGAUCUUGUCUGUUCGCUGUGGAGCUCUUCUGCCUGUAAAUGGCUUCUCUCCAGAAUCGUGUCAGAUCUUUUUUGGAGUCACUGCCUGUCUCUCUCAGGUUUCAUCUGAAGAUCGAAGUACACUGUGGGCUUUGAUUACUUUUUAUGGAGGGAAUUGCCAGCUGAGCCUCAAUAAUAAGUGUACUCAUUUGAUUGUGCCUGAGCCAAAGGGGGAAAAAUACGAAUGUGCUUAUAAACGGGAAAGCAUUAAAAUUGUGACACCAGACUGGGUACUGGAUUCUAUAGCUGAUAAGACUAAAAAAGAGGAGACUCCUUAUCAUCCUCGUUUAGUUAUAUACGAGGAAGAAGAGGAGGAGGAGGAGGAAGAAGAGGAAGAAGCAGAAAACGAAGAACAAGAUUCUCAAAAUGAAGCUAGUACUGAUGAAAAAUUGUCAAGCCCAGCAUCUUCUCGAGAAGGAUCACCUUUGGGUGAUCAAGUUUUUUCACCAAAAUCUACUACUGCUGACAAGGCAAAAGGGGAACUGAUGUUUGAUGAUUCUUCAGAUUCCUCUCCAGAAAAGCAGGAAAGGAAUUUGAAUUGGACACCAGCUGAAGUCCCACAGGCAUCUGCAGCAAAGCGUAGGUUGCCUCAAGGGAAAGACUCUGGGUUAAUUAAUUUAUGUGCCAAUGUCCCGCCAGUGCCAGGUAAUAUUUUGCCUCCAGACAUGAGAGGCAAUCUAAUGCCUUCGGUACAAGGUGCCCAAAGUUCUGAUCGACAGGAAAUGAUGGCAACGUGGAGUCCAGCCGUGCGGACAUUAAGGAAUAUUACUAAUAGUGCUGAUAUUCAGCAGAUUAAUAGACCAUCAAAUGUAGCACAUAUAUUACAAUCACUUUCAGCACCUACAAAAAAUUUAGAACAGCAAGUAAAUCAUAGCCAACAGGGACAUCCAAAUGUGGUGCUGUUUAGUCAAGUGAAACUAACACCAGAGACACAUUUAUUACAGCAGUCACAUCAAGCACAGCAGCAGCAGCAGCAGCAGCAGCAGCAGCAGCACCAUCCUCUUUUACACCUUCAACCUCAAACUUCGCAGCUACAACAGCAGCAGCAGCAGCAACAACCCCAGAUUUCCCAGCAGUCCUUCCAACAGCAACAGCCUCAUCAGUUUUCACAACAGCAACAGCAAGUUCAUCAGCAGCACCAGUUCGCUCAGCAGCAGCUACAGUUUCCACAGCAGCAGUUACAUGCGCAACAGCAGCUACACCGUCCCCAGCAACAGCUCCAGUUCCAACAGCAGCAUGCUUUGCAACAACAACUUCAUCAGUUGCAGCAGCAGCAGCUCCAGCAGCAACAGCUCCAGCAGCUACAGCAACAGAAUCUGCAACAACAACAGCUGCAACACCAUCAGCAGCAAAUACAGCAGCAGCAGUUGCAGCAGCAGCACUUGCAGCGAUUACACCAACAGCAUCAGCAACAGCAAAUGCAGAAUCAGGCACCACAACACUUAACUCAGACAUCUCAAGCGCUACAGCAUCAAGUUGCAGCCCAGCAGCCGCAACACCACCAGCAGCAACAGCAACAACUGCAACAGCAGCCGCUUUUUGGACACGAUCCAGCAGCAGAGAUUCCAGAAGAGUAUUUCCUACUGGGCUGUGUCUUUGCCAUUGCUGAUUACCCAGAACAGAUGUCUGACAAACAGCUAUUAGCGACUUGGAAACGGAUCAUUCAAGCUCAUGGUGGGACAGUGGACCCUACCCUUACAAGCAGAUGUACACAUCUUCUUUGUGAAAGCCAAGUCAGUAACAUGUAUGCUCAGGCUUUAAGAGAAAGGAAGAGAUGUAUUACAGCACAUUGGCUGAACUCAAUCUUGAAGAAGAAGAAAAUGGUACCGCCUCAUCGAGCCCUUCAUUUUCCAGUGGCAUUUCCACCAGGAGGAAAGCCAUGCUCUCAACAUAUAAUAUCUGUGACAGGGUUUGUUGACAGUGACAGAGAUGACCUCAAACUAAUGGCCUACCUAGCAGGUGCCAAAUACACAGGCUACCUGUGUCGCAGCAAUACAGUUCUCAUCUGUAAAGAGCCCAGUGGCUUGAAGUAUGAGAAAGCUAAAGAGUGGAGAAUACCAUGUGUAAAUGCGCAGUGGCUCUGUGACAUACUGCUAGGAAAUUUUGAAGCUUUACGGCAGAUACAGCACAGUCGGUAUACAGUAUUCAGUCUUCAAGAUCCACUUUCUCCUAGUCAACAUCUAGUUCUAAACCUUCUGGAUGCUUGGAGAGUCCCAUUAAAGGUAUCACCAGAACUUCUAAUGGGUGUGAGGUUGCCUUUGAAACCAAAGCAAAAUGAAUCCAGUCUUCAGCCAUCUUCCAAAAGAGCAAGGAUUGAAGACCUACCACCACCUACUAAAAAACUCACCCCAGAACUGACACCAAUGGUGCUCUUCACAGGAUUUGAACCUAUGCAAGUUCAACAGUACAUUAAGAAACUGUAUAUCCUUGGAGGUGAAGUAGCAGAAUCUGCCCAGAAAUGUACCCAUCUGGUUGCAAGUAAAGUGACCCGAACUGUCAAGUUCCUGACAGCAAUUUCUGUAGUCAAGCACAUAGUAACUCCAGAGUGGUUAGAAGAGUGUUUCAAAUGCCAGAAGUUUGUUGAUGAACAGAACUUUGUGCUCAGAGAUGCUGAAGCUGAGGUGCUUUUCUGCUUUAGUUUAGAGGAGUCUCUAAAGAGAGCACAAGUAGCUCCACUGUUCAAGGGAAAAUAUUUUUACAUUACACCUGGAAUUUGUCCCAGCCUUUCUACCAUGAAAGCUAUCGUGGAAUGUGCAGGAGGAAAAGUGUUAUCUAAACAACCUUCUUUUCGAAAACUCAUGGAGCAUAAGCAGAAUAAAAGUUUGCCAGAGAUAAUCUUGAUUUCCUGUGAAAACGACCUUCAUUUAUGUCGAGAAUAUUUUGCAAGAGGCAUAGAUGUUCACAACGCAGAGUUUGUCCUGACCGGAGUACUUACUCAAACACUGGAUUAUGAAUCAUAUAAAUUUACUUGAUGGAUAGUGAAAUGCCUUACUGCUUCGGAAUGCUUGGAGCAUUAGAUCUAGCUGUUCAGCCAUUGUACAAAGCAACUAAAACUUCCUGUGGAUGCUGUUUUCCAGCUGUUUUCCUAGGGAUGAUGAGCAGUUUAAAGCAGGAAAGCAAAAAUUAAACUGCAUCUUUUUUAGGAUGUGUAAUUUUAUUAUGCUGAAACAUAAUUUACUAUGUUUUGUAUUAUACUACCAUUUUAAGAGAGCCCACUUUAGGUAUCAUUAGCCCGUUUUUAAACAUUUUAACGUAAAUGAUGGUACUUCAGCCAAGAGUGUAAUCUGGAUGUACAAAUAAAAGGGCUUGUUAUCUAUUAAAUUAUGGUUGUUGAAGAUGAAAAUGUUUUGUACUUUAUUUUUAUUUCUUAUACUCUAUUUUCUUUUAUAUUGAUAUUUUGCCCACAUUUUAAAUAAAUGUACUUUUAAAUGUUUUA